GCUGGGAUGAAGUAUUUCCUCCAGUAUGUUGCUUGUUUUUUUGCCUUUUUCUCUACUGGGUUUUUGAUAGCGUCUACUUGGACAGACUGCUGGAUGGUGAAUGCUGAUGACUCCCUGGAGGUGAGUACAAAAUGCCGUGGCCUGUGGUGGGAAUGUGUCACAAAUGUUUUUGAUGGGAUCCAAACCUGCGAUGAGUAUGACUCCAUCUACGCCGAGCACCCUGUGAAGCUGGUGCUGACCCGAGCCAUGAUGAUCACAGCAGAUAUCCUGGCAGGAUUUGGAUUUCUCUUCCUCCUUCUGGGACUAGACUGUGUUAAAUUCCUUCCAGAUGAGCCACUCAUCAAGUUGCGCAUCUGCGUGGUGUCUGGAGUUACCUUGCUCAUUGCAGGUGUCCCAGGCAUUACGGGCUCGCUGUGGUACGCCAUUGACGUCUACGUGGAGCGCUCCUCGCUGGUCUUCCACAACGUGUUCCUGGGAAUCCAGUACAAGUUUGGCUGGUCGUGCUGGCUCGGCAUGGCGGGGUCCCUCGGGUGUUUCUUGUCUGGGGCUGUGCUCACCUGCUGCAUGUAUCUCUUCAGAGAUACCAACUCCGGGAGACUUCAUUCUGCUCAGUCCUUCAGGAAAGGCUAUUCCCCAGCUGGGACGAUCUUAACAAACGUGCAUUUGCCAUCUUCACAAACAGCUACUGCCAAAAUGUAUGCAGUGGACACAAGAGUAUGA